GCAGCCAUCAUGGCGUCUGUGUGGAGCUGCGCUGCUCUGCCUCACAAAGGAAAUAUUUCAUCUCCCGCAGCAACGAUGGUUUCAGUCCAGGUUUUGAGGGACUUUAUCAACGAGAGACUGACUGCUGCUGCGGGAGAAAUAUUCACGGCGUUUCAACAAACUAUCGCCCGGUUCGAUAAGGAGAUUGAUCGACAGCGCAAACUGCUUCAGAUCAGGAGCAACACGCUUCAAACCAGCAACAAACCUCUUCAAAUCAGGUUACACAGAACAGGGAGUCCACAGCAACACAUUGGUACGCAGGAGGAGGAACAUGAAGCUCCACACAUUAAAGAGGAGGAGGAUCUUGUCGAGAUGACUGUUACUGAUGGAGAAAGAGACAAUUCCCAUGAGUCUGUGAGAGACUCGACCACCCAGAGACUAACUGCUGCUGCUGUCGAAAUCAUCGCCGUGUUUGAAGAAGCUUUUGCCCAGUGCGAGAAGGAGAUUGACCGUCAGCACCGACUGCUGGAAGUCAUCUGGAAACCUCAAAUCAAGUUACUCAGAACAGAGCUCCCACGGCACCAAGACUGCAGAGAGGAGCAGCUCUUUGAUCAGGAAACAACCUGCUGUCUGGAGCAGGGAGAACCAGAACCUCCACACGUCAGAGGGAAACAGGAAGAAUCAGGACUUCUCCAGCUUAAAAAGGACCAAAAGGAACCAGAAUCUUCACAGUUCAGAGAGAAACAGGAACAACCAGCACUGUUACAAUUGAGAAAGGACCAAGAGAAACCAGAAGCUCCACAUGUCAAAGUGGAACAGGAAAAAUCAGGACUUCCACAGAUUAAAGAAGAACAGGAGGGAGCAGGGCUUUCACAGCUCAAGGAGGAACCUGAAGAACCGGGAGUUUUACAGAUUAAAGAAGAACACGAGGAACUGGAACUUUCACAGAUCGGGGAGUACGAGGAACUGGGGACCAACCAGGACGGAGAGCAGCUCCAACUGACAUUUGACAGCGACAUCUUUAAGUUCCCUUCUAUUGACCAGCUUUGUGAAAAAACAUGGAAUGAAGUUUUCCAUAAAAAACAAACAGUGCUUCCCACACAUCCAGCACCUCUCUGGACCCAGGGGAGGCCCGGCGACCCCUCCCAGGGAGGACCCCCUCCGGCCAGGGCGAGCCCGCAGGUGAAGGGGCAGAGCCACCGGGCUCCGGGCCCCAGUCUGCAGCACAAGCCGCCGGGCCCCGACCCGCAGAGGCCCCUGCCUUCCCAGCUGAAAACAGAGCCUUCUGUUACACUCCAUCCAAACAAAGGUGUUAAUAUUCCCGAGAGCAACUUCUUUGAGACCCUGAAGCCUGUUGGAGUCCUGCAUGGACAGUUGCUGUAUUGGUUUGACUCUGCUGCUGCUCCUCCCAUCAACACCUCCAACCCUAUAAAACGAAAGCGUGAGCAGCCAAAUAAAGAGCAGCAGCUGAAUGAAGACAAGCCGUACAUCAAAAAGCCACCAAACGCCUUCAUGCUCUUCCUGAAAGAGCAGAGGCCGAUCGUGUCGGCUGAAAUUGGUGUGAAAGAAAGCGCGGUUGUGAAUGCGGAGGUGGGAAGGAGGUGGAAUUCAUUAUCCGUAGAUGAGAAGAAUAAAUAUGUCCUGCAGGCCAAGAUGGAAGCAAAACUCCACGAAGAGCAGCACCCGGGAUGGUCCACCAUCGAAAACUAUCGGAAAAGCAAAGCAAGAAGAAAAGCUGCCAAAGCUAAAGCGUCUACACAUACCGGAGCGACUGAGACGCCACAGGUCCACAUCCCCGGACUGACGGACACUGAGUUGUACCCUAAUCAAGCUGUUCGUCUCUCCCCUGCCCAGCCACAAGUUUUCAAAAUUGAGAAUUGAAUUGAAUAAAUAGAAUUAUGCCGUUAUUAGUCUCACAAGGGGAAAUUUCUUCUCUGCCCCGGCAGCCCUUUACAGGCGCCUGUAAAGCGUCCGCGUCCUCCAAGAGUCAAGCAAGAAGGAAAAAAUCAAUAAAUUGGGU